UUGUUAAACCCUAGGCCGCCUUAUUCUUCCAUCUUCCGUCUCCACAACCUCGUCUUCUCCUCUUUUUCUUAGCAGUUCAGUUUGCAUUAUCCCACAGCCUCCGCAGCCGCCGCCGCAGCACCCUUCUUCACGGACGUUACACCCUCUCUUGAUCUCAGAGUGGAAACUCAGUACAAUUCGAUAAUGCAGUCGACCGAAGCCUCCACUUCUAUGGAAGUGGAAACGGUCUCAACCGAAACAAAGAAUGUGGUUAGCACAUUGCCACCGAAACCACAGUUUGAUCCCCUAAAGCCUCGUGAGAUGAAUGAUGGACGAAUUCAGUUCCGAAAGGUCUCUGUUCCUCCGCAUCGCUAUACGCCUCUCAAGAAAGCAUGGAUGGAGAUAUACACCCCAAUUUAUGAGCAGAUGAAAAUCGACAUCCGAAUGAAUCUCAAGGCGCGUAAAGUCGAGUUGAAAACCAGAGCAGACACACCUGACAUCAGUAACUUGCAGAAGUGUGCAGAUUUUGCUCAUGCUUUCAUGCUUGGAUUCGAUGUGAUCGAUGCCAUUGCUCUCCUAAGGGUGGAUGAACUCUAUGUUGAAUCUUUUGAGAUUAAGGAUGUUAAAACGCUGCGAGGCGAGCACUUGUCGCGUGCCAUAGGCAGAUUGUCUGGUAAAGCUGGUAAGACCAAAUUCGCGAUUGAAAAUGCCACGAAGACGAGGAUUGUUAUUGCAGACACCAAGAUCCACAUAUUAGGAUCCUUUGC